GAAAUGGAAGUUCAGGAGGCACUAGCUUAUAGUAAACAGUAUAAGUCUUUUCUUGGGCUAGUAACUCUUGGGAACACUUCUGUAAAAGCAAAUCAUUUAUUAGUGUUCCUCAUCAGAGGCCUCUCAACAUCUUGAAAACAUAUUAUUACCUACCGUGCAACUGCAUCUUCAAUAAAAGGUGAAGAUAUUAAGAAUUUUUUGUUUCAUGUAAAUGAACACUUGAAAGCUAUUGGCUUAAAUGUGGUAGCCGUCUAGCAUAAGUAUCAAUAGUAUUGCAUAGUCUAAGUAAUAAAUACAAAGGUAAAAAUAAUCGGACGACCAUGUGUAAAACCCACGUACCAACCGUCGAGGAUUUUUUGGAGUGCAUUGAGGCGGCUCAAAAUUCUCUCGAUUCCAGCCGGAAUCUUAAAAAAGUGUCACGAUUGUAUCAGAGACAACCUUCAGAAAGCCGCGGACAUGUUCCUAGUACUUUCCGUCACUUACAACAACCUCAAAUGGCAAAAUAAGCAAGAGUUGAUAACCCUACCUGCCCGGACUCAACGUCCACCCACCGCCCCAAAUACAGGAAAGUCUUACGCUGACAUUUUGAAGCUCUGACCCCACCUCGAAACGAUAAGGUGGUAUUAGUAUAUAAUACUGAAGAAGGCAAGAGUAUUCAAGAUAAAAUGGAAAGUCUGACAUCGAGCAUAGACCUCACCAAGUUUAAGGUGGGGUAAAAUCACAUAGACCCAUCAAAGAUGGUGUUUUAAUAAAUUGUAAUACUACUGAAGGGGCAAAGAGACUCGUAGAAUGUCUUAGCAAGAGGGGCGACGUGCGGGUCAGGUCCCCAGGGCUAAAGGGCCCCCGCAUCAUCAUACCGAAAGUCGGCUGGGGCACAGAUGAGGGCUCAAUAUUGAAAUUCAUCGAAAGUCAACACGCCGACCAACUAGAAGACAUUCGAAAACACAUUCAAAACGUCUUUUUCAUCGGUAAAGAGAACCACGGAUUAUUUUUAUUUAAUAAACAUUUUAGGUUUAUAUAGAGAAGUCAUAAUUCUUUUUUCUUUCAAUUUUACACUCUGUGAUUAUAAAAUAUAUUACUGUUAAUUAGAAAAAAUAACCUAGUUAAAAAGUUUUAAGAAUUUUCUUUUGUUAAUGUGCCAUACUGUAAGGGACUGUGAGGGUCAGGGAAUUUAAAACAAAUUUAAGUGGGAAUCCUGUACAUAUUUCAUACUGUUUUAAAUUUUAUAGAUUUACAUACUAACUUUUGCAUUAUUUUUUUCAGAUUUUGCUAUCUAUGCUGCCACAGGAACCAGCAAGGAGAAAAGCACGAAUUCCUAAGGAAACAUCUGUUUUAUUUUCUCUGUGGUUUAUGGGGAACCAGGAGAGCUACCGUGGUGUAUGUGACCGCUUCGGGUUAGGAUUUGCUAGUGGCCACAGAGAAUUUACAAAAUUCUGUACAUCAAUCUGUGCCUUGUCAAACUCAAUCAUUAAGAUGCCACAGGGUUUUGAGAUUGAGAGAAUAAGACAAGGAUUUCAGAAACUUAGAGUGAAACCAUUUCCAGGAACAAUCGGUUGCAUCGAUGGCACUCAUAUUGCCUUUUCUGUGAGUAAAGAAGAAAAAAAUGAUCAUAUAAAUAGAAAAGGUUAUCCUAGUGUAGUCCUACAGGCUGUAUGUGAUCAUGAGUUAAAAUUUUUGGAUGUUUAUGCAGGUUGGCCAGGCUCUGCAAAUGAUGCUAGAGUUUUUAGGAACAGUCCAUUAUUUAAAAAUAUGGAAGAGAAAGAGGAUUUUAUACCUUCAGACUGCCAUAUUCUUGGUGACUGUGCCUACCCAUUAAAUAAUAAAAUAAUGACACCAUAUAGAAACAAUGGCCAUUUAACAAGAAAGCAGAAGUUAUUCAAUACAAUUCUGAGUUCUACACGAGUCGUAAUAGAACAAGCUUUUGCACAUCUGUUUGGACGAUUUCGGAAGCUAAUUUAUAUCUAUGUACGAAGAAGGGAAUUUGUUCCAGAUGUGAUUGUAGCUGCCUGUGUUCUACAUAACCUAUGUAUUAUGCAUAAUGAUAUUACACCUGGUAUAUAUGAUCAACUGGAUUUACUUUCUUGCCACAGUACAGAACAGUUUGAUGCAGGUAUUAAUAAAAAUGUCAGUGGGGCACAUAAAAGGGAUCAAAUUGCAGAUUACCUUUUUAAUUUAGAGUGUGCAUAACAUCUUUAUACUGCAAGUCAUGACAAAAAUAAUAAUCUUAUUUAUCUGAAUAAAUAUAAACUAUAACAAUUGUUAUAAAACAUUUAAUCCAUUUUUUGGUUAA